AUUUGAAACAGUUUCUAUCGAGAUGGCGUACGGUAUAGAGCUAUCGUGACGUUUAUAGUCGGGGGUAUUGGUACUUUAAGCUGAUAAGUUUAAAUAAUCGCGGCUAAAAUAAAUUAGAUUUAACGUCUAACUGAAAAAUUAAUAUUGUUAGUGUGGGAAAGGUAUGAUUUGUGCCGCGUAUUCUUGAGAAGGCGUCAAGUUGAAACGACCCAGGGAAUGCUGUUGAAAUGAUCCCACCAAUGACUUCAGCAUUAUGACCGUCAUCAGUCGAAAUCGAAUAUGUCGCCGCUUAAGUCCCAAGGGGUUUGCAAUCACUGCGAUUGGGUUGACACUACUCCUAUGUCUCUACUACACCAGUAUCUCUUCGGACGUCCAGAGAAACCUUCGACAGACGCCAUCUGAAAACGACGCAAUCCAAAAAGAUGCUCAGGCUUCAGGUCUAAAGUGGCCGGUGCGGCAGAUAUUUCGAAAAAGAAACCUAGAAAAAUGUCCGCGACUGGUAUCGGCUGAGGCAGACAUAUCGACCUUAGAAAUUUUCAAAGAUUUCGAUUUCCAGCCGUCUUGGAUGAGGAGCAAAGAAUAUUGGGACAAAAUCUUCGAAGAUAGAUACGAGAGGCAGAAAAUGGACCCUGAAAGACCUCCAUUAAAGGUAAUAAUUGUACCUCAUUCACACAACGAUCCCGGCUGGCUGAAGACGUUCGAAAACUACUUCCAUUUUUCGUCGCGCCAAAUCAUGAACAACAUGGUGGCGAAACUGCAAGAGUACAAAAACCUAACAUUCAUCUGGUCCGAGAUAUCGUAUUUGAAUGCCUGGUGGGAGGAGGCGCAUCCCAGCAAGCAACGGGCGCUGAGAGAUCUGGUGCAUUCUGGCAGAUUGGAGAUCACUACUGGAGGGUGGGUAAUGACUGACGAGGCCAACGUUCACCUCUACGCUAUGGUGGAUCAGUUAAUUGAAGGACAUCAGUGGUUAUGGACCAACUUGGGGAUCAAACCGAAAUCAGGCUGGUCCGUAGAUCCGUUCGGUCACGGCAGUACCGUCCCGUACUUACUGAGCGCUUCAGGCUUUCGCGGGACAGUAAUCCAACGCAUCCACUACGCGUGGAAACAGUGGCUCGCCCUAAAACAAUACGGAGAUUUUCGAUGGGUACCGGCAUGGAGUCCCAGCGACCAGCAAUCUUCACUUCUGACCCACAACCAGCCGUUCGACAUAUAUUCGAUCAAACACAGCUGCGGUCCGCAUCCGUACGUCUGCCUAAAUUUCGAUUUCAGAAAAGUGCAGGGCGAAUACACAGAGUACUCGUUGAAAGCACAAGCGAUCACGUCGAAAAACGUCAAAGAAAAAGCGGAACUACUUUUGGAGCAAUACGCCCGCACAGGUUCACUAUUUCCGCACAAUGUGGUACUCACACCUUUAGGCGACGACUUUCGGUACAACGUCAGGGAGGAAUGGGACCAGCAGUACACCAAUUACGUGAAACUCAUCAAUUAUAUCAACGCCCACAAGGACCAAUAUAAAGCCGAAGUGGCGUUCGGUACUCCUACUAUGUACUUUGACGAAAUUUCGAAGAGAUUCGAUCAGUAUCCCACCCUCAAAGGCGAUUUUUACGUGUACUCGGACAUAUUUUCCGAAGGUCGACCGGCCUAUUGGUCCGGCUAUUUUACCACGCGUCCAUUUCUAAAGAUCCUCGAUCGGCAACUGGAGCACAGCACGAGGUCCGCGGAGAUACUCUAUACGGUCGCUUUGAACUACGCGAAACAACAAAAGUCGUCGUCGUACUCGAAAAUUUUGGAAAAGGAUUACGAAAAAUUGAUACGGUCCAGGAGAAACUUGGGUCUGUUUCAGCACCACGACGCGAUUACCGGUACCAGCAAAUCGUUCGUCAUGAAAGAUUACGGUAUCAGACUGUUCGAAGCGCUACGCGACACGACCAAUAUCCGGCAACACGCGCUGCAAAGUCUCCUGUUUCCUAACCUGCCGAUUAAAAAGGAUCAAAAUCUAGUACUGAGCGACGUGGAGCGCGACUCUUUCGACAAAAUACCGAACAAGACCAACAUUCAAAUAGCACCGAAACAGUCUCGGAAGAUACUCUUGUUUAACCCCCUCUCUUACCCGCAAGAGCACGUGAUCGUUCUCACGGUGAACACGACGAACGUUAAAGUAACCGAUCAUAACGGCAGCGAUGUUUUGUAUCAAAUUAACCCAAUUCUGGAGGCUAACGGCAACAAGUACUGGGUGGAACCGUCCGAAUACGAACUCAUUUUUAUCGCGAAACUGGAAGAGUUGAGCGUCACUUCUUUCAACCUGGUCCACACCGACGACGCUAGCGACAAAUUAGGCAUCCUCUACUGCAAACGUUGCUUUAAGAAAAACGCGACUUCACCCGAUGGUACCAGAUUUGAAGCACCUUUCACGAUUCGAGACAUACCGGUCGGUGAUAUCCAGCUUGAAAAUCAAAAAAUGAAGAUAUUAUUCAGCGGCAGUACCGGUUUCAUGAAGACCGUCACACGAAAACACAAACCCAAAGUAAUGCAGUGCAAAAUUUGGUUCGCCGCGUAUCGUAGCGCCCAGUUCCAUUCCGGUGCGUAUCUGUUCAUGCCGGAUCCGAAUGAACGCGACUACGAAAAAGACGUUCUCCUACAGUACAAAGAGCAGAUGUCGGUCAUAAUCACCACCGGUCCCGUUUCAACCGAAAUACUAACUAUUUACAACCCGUUUUUGGUGCACAAAGUUACGAUUUAUCUCGUCGAGAAUUCCACUCUCGCCAACGCUAUCCAAAUCGAAAACACGGUGGACUUCGAGAACCCGCCCAAGAACAGGGAGACGGAACUUUUCAUGAGAAUCAUAUCGGACGUUCAGAACGGCGAUCCUCCCGAAUUCUACACUGAUCUGAAUAAUUUCAACAUGCAGAAGCGGGUCAAAGUGGAGAGAAUCGGUAUUGAGGGCAAUUAUUUCCCCGUAACGUCGAUGGCUUAUAUACAAGAUGAAAGUGUGAGAUUGAGUUUGCUUACUAACCACGCGCAAGGCGCCGCGUCUUGGCAGCCCGGUUAUUUGGAGGUUAUGUUAGACAGACGAACAUUAUAUGACGAUUCCAGAGGUAUGGGUGAGGGCUUGGUGGACAGCCGAAGAACUACCAGCAAGUAUUGGCUAUUGGUUGAGGAUGUUUCAAAAGUGAGACUCGAAAAUGGCGGGCAGAAACGGUUCGAUGGAGUUGAAGACACUUUCGAGAAAGGCGAUGUAAUACGAUCAUUUAACGUGCCCACAACAGCGAACGAACCCACCAAGCAAGAACCUUUUCCGAUGGCUUCUCUCUACGCCACUCAUCUAUCGAACGCUCUAAACUACCCAGCGGAAAUCUAUAUAGUCGAUUCGGAGUAUCAGUCUUCGGUAAAUGACUCCAUCAAACUUUUAAACAAGCCUUUUCCGUGUGACGUGCUGUUACUGAAUGUAAGGACUCAACCCGAUGCAGUUUAUUCGCAAUUUCCGUCGAAUAGUGCACUCGUUGUAUUGCAUAGACAAGGCUAUGAUUGUUCCAUUAAUACUAAUUACACUUGCGACGUGCAUAAUUUCGAAAAGGACAAUUAUUUCAAAAUUUUAACAGUCAAAGAGGUGGAACUUAAGAGUCUGACGGGAUUAGAUAGUAUACACUACUUUGAGAGUUUGGGUGACGUGUAUAUAGAGCCAAUGUCUUUAAAAACACUAAAUGUAACUUUUGGAUAGAGAAUUGUCGUGAUUGUUUUGUCAAUGUAGGCAACUAUGAGUCAAUGGUAGCUAAUCCAUUCAACUUUUUUUUACUAAAACUUACUGUUCUUAAGAAACCUGAAUUUUUUAAAACAAAAUUAAUGGAUGGUAGACUUAGUGGAUCAAAUAAUGCAACGCCUGAUAUCUUAUGUGUCCUAUUUCUAUAUUAUAGUCACGCCCACAAGUCAUUGAGAAAAAAAAACUCUGCAGCCAAUAUACUAGAUGAAUGUUUUUUACAUAUGGAAGGAAUAAUUGAUAGUUUGAAAUUUUUAGAAAACCGCAUCUGCUUAGCUCAUUGCGGUCCAACGUUGACAAGUGAAUAUAAUACUUUAAUACUUUUUACAAAACUUCUGGAUUCCUCCAGCGUCGGUUUUUGCUGAGUCGAAAUUGCUGCC